UUAAACAAUGAGGUAAAACGUUGAUAACUUAUUUCAUCGUGUACCUAUUAUUUAGAAUAUCCAUAGAAAAUAUACGUCAUAACUGUGACAUUUUCCGUGGAGUUAACAGCAUAAAAUGAACAAACUCACAUUUGGUAAGAGGAAUCGUGAGCUCAAGAAACAUUAUUCGUGUAACGUAUGCGAUAAAACAUUUAUUCAGAACGGUCAUCUGAAAGCACAUCAGCGGACUCACACGGGAGAGAAGCCAUAUCCGUGUGACGUAUGUGACAAACGGUUCUGUCAAAAGAGCCAACUGACGGUUCACAAAAGAACUCACACAGGAGAGAAACCAUUUCCGUGUGACGUUUGUGACAAAUGGUUCAGUAACAAUUUCCAACUGACGGUUCACAAAAGAACUCACACGGGAGAGAAACCAUUUCCAUGUGACGUAUGUGACAAAUGGUUCGGAAACAAUGGCCAACUGACGGUCCACAAGCGGACGCAUACGGGAGAGAAGCCCUACCCGUGUGACGUAUGCGAUAAAUGGUUCAGUCGAAGUCACAAUCUGACUGUUCACAAGCGGGCUCACACGGGCGAGAAGCCCUAUCCAUGUGACAUAUGCGAAAAAUCAUUCAGUCAUAGUAGCCAAGUGGCUGUUCACAAGCGGACUCACACAGGAGAGAAGCAUUACCCGUGUGACGUAUGUGAUAAAUGGUUCAGCCAAAAUGUCCACCUGGUGGUUCACAAGCGGACGCACACGGGCGAGAAACCUUACCCGUGUGACGUAUGUGAAAAAUCAUUUGCUGUGAGUUCUAAUCUGACUAAACACCGACGAAUUCACAUUAGAGAGAAGCCAAACCUAACGUGA